AUGUUCGCCACACUCGUUCCGCACCUGGACUAUCAGACUCUCCUAUUCACAACGUGCCGCGCCCAGUCUAUAUCAGUCUGUUCAAGCUGUGACCUCGACCCUAGUCCGUUCCAUGCGUUACACGAGUGCUGGUUGGCGUUCCCCCUCCCCUCCCUGGGGCCCCCUGGCCCUGUAACCUUCUGUCUCCUUCCUCCCUUCUGUGGCCACACCGCCCACACCGCUCUCGUCCCCACAGGCCGCGUUCCCUCACCUCUCCCUUUGGCGUCCCUUCCCGUUCAGCCGCGUUUUGGCACUCCCAUAUUCCCCCCGUCCCCCGUCCAGGCCGCGAGCUCUGCCGCGCCUCUCUGCCGCGCUUCCCUUCCGCGCCCCCCCUGCGCCAUCUCUACCUGCGCCUGCUUUGUGCCUCUCCUCGCGCUGCUGUCUGCUGCUCCUGCUGAACUCCUGCGUCUCUCCGCCUGCUGUCUGCACGUCUCUGCUUCUGCUCUGCCGUCCACUGUCUACUCGUCCACUCCUCUGCUUCCAUCUACGCGUCUACCACCGCGUCCUCGUGUCUGCAUCGUUGCGUUCAUCCUGCUGUUCGUGUUGUUUGCCAUUGGUCAUCAUCGCCUGUAA